AGUUCAUGUUGAACUUGGUUUUCUUCUGUGUGCACAGUGAACAAAUUUAGUUAUAUUAUUUAAAAAAAACAUGGAAAAAUAUUCAGAUAAACGUUCGGAUAAAUAUUCGGAUAAAUAUUCUGACAGAUAUUCCGAUAGACAUUCGGAUAGACGUUCAGAAAGAUAUUCGGAUAGACGUUCAGAAAGAUAUUCGGAGAGACGCUCAGAUAGGCGUUCGGAAAGACGUUCAGAAAGACGUUCAGAUAAACAUUCAGAUAAACAUUCGGAUAAACAUUCGGAUAAACAUUCGGAUAAAUAUUCGGAUAAAUAUUCGGAUAAAUAUUCGGAAAGAAAAACUACAACAGAAACAAUGCCGGAGAAUCGGAAAAGGACUCAUGAUGUAUUAACAGCAAAAACAGGAGGUGCUUAUAUACCACCAGCAAAAUUGCGUAUGAUGCAAGCAAAUAUCACGGACAAGUCUGGGGCUGCAUAUCAGCGGAUUGCAUGGGAAGCAUUAAAGAAAUCAAUUCAUGGUAGUAUUAAUAAAGUAAACGUGAGCAAUAUUGGUCUUAUAACAAGGGAACUUUUAAGAGAAAAUAUUGUUAGGGGAAGAGGUUUGUUAGCUCGUUCUAUUAUACAAGCUCAAGCUGCUUCUCCAACUUUCACUCCUGUUUAUGCAGCACUUACAGCUAUUAUUAAUUCAAAAUUUCCUAAUAUUGGUGAAUUAAUAUUGAAGCGACUAAUUAUACAAUUUAAACGUGGUUUUCGUAGAAAUGACAAACCUCUCUGUAUAUCAUCUGGAACAUUUGUAGCACAUCUUUUGAAUCAACGUGUGGCACACGAAAUUUUACCUUUAGAGAUUUUAACGUUACUCGUUGAAACACCUACAGAUGAUUCUGUAGAAGUUGCCAUAGCAUUCUUGAAAGAAUGUGGUAUGAAAUUAACAGAAGUAUCUCGUAAAGGUAUUGAAGCUAUUUUUGAAAUGUUGAGAAAUAUAUUGCACGAGGGUCAAUUGGAUAAGCGUGUUCAAUAUAUGAUUGAAGUCAUGUUUCAAAUUCGAAAGGAUGGCUUCAAAGAUCAUCCAGCAAUUCCUCCAGAAUUAGAUCUUGUAGAGGAAGAAAAUCAAUUCACGCAUCUCAUACAAUUAGACGAAGCAAUAGAUUCGCAAGACAUUUUAAAUGUUUUCAAGUUUGACAGUGAUUAUGUGGCUAAUGAAGAAAAAUAUAAACAAUUGAGCAAUGAAAUUCUUGGUUCAGAUGACAGCGAUUCUGAAGGCAGUGACAAUGAGGAAGGAACUUCAGAUGAAGAAGAUAGCAAUGCUGAGAAUACUGAAGAGAAAGAAGGUGUUAUUGUAGACAAUACGGAAACUAAUUUAACAGCUCUUAGAAGAACUAUUUAUUUAACUAUACAUUCAUCACUAGAUUUUGAAGAAUGUGCGCAUAAAUUAAUGAAAAUGCAACUUAAGCCAGGACAAGAAAUAGAACUUUGUCAUAUGUUUCUAGAUUGUUGCGCGGAAAUGCGUACGUACGAAAAAUUUUUUGGAUUGUUAGCAGGACGAUUUUGUGCCAUUAACAAAAUUUAUGUUACACCUUUCGAACAAAUAUUUCAAGAUUCUUAUCAUACAAUACAUCGAUUAGAUACUAAUAAGUUAAGAAACGUAUCGAAAUUCUUUGCUCAUUUGUUAUUUACCGAUUCUAUAUCAUGGGAAGUAUUGUCUUGUAUAAAAUUAAACGAAGAAGAUACUACCAGUUCUAAUAGAAUAUUUAUUAAAAUAUUAUUUCAAGAACUUUCCGAAUACAUGGGUCUUUCGAAACUUAAUCAAAGAGUUAAGGAUGUAACAUUACAGGAAGCAUUCAGUGGAUUAUUUCCCCGAGAUAAUCCAAAAAAUACACGUUUUGCUAUCAACUUUUUUACAUCUAUUGGUUUAGGUGGUCUUACAGAUGAUUUGAGAGAACAUCUCAAAUCUUAAUUAUAAAUUCGUUAUUAAAUGUAAAUAUAACGAUUUCAUGUUAUAUGAAUCGUCGUAAUCUGUAAUGUAAAGAUAUAAGAAUUGUAAUUUAUGUAAAUCGGUAAAUAUUAAUAAGAGCUUAGU